CACAGGCUUCAGGUAGAUGCAUGCACGGACGGCGAAGUUCGUCUGUUCUCAUAGACCAGGCGGCUAACUGAUCCUCCAUGCAUAACAGGCAGGACACACAGCGAAAUACGAGCCCAUUUGUCUGUCUGCCUCUCUGUCGGAGACCACUCAAACGUUCUCAAGCACGAUUCGCGAUAUGUCGCUCUUGUCACCCUGUUGGCACAUCAUGACGAUGCUGGCGGCCACGUCGUCGGCUGUCAGAAAUUUCGAUAUGUCCUUGGCGCCCGGCUCCCAGCCACCCCUUGCCCUAUCCUCCCACCAAGGAGUCGCCACACCUACCCGCACAAACAUAUGUGCAGAUUAGUCCUCCCCCUCCCCCUCACCCUCCCUUGUUUGUGUGUACCUGCUGGGUUGACUGUACCGAUUUUGACGCCACUCCCCUUCAAUUCGCACCUGGCGCUCGCGACCAGCCCCUCCACGGCAUACUUGCUUGCACAAUAAAUGGCGCCCGUCGGCCCAGCCCGGAUGCCCUUGACUGAUGAUGUAACGACAAUCUGUCCGUGACCUUGCCGCCUCAUGACUGGCAUCAGCCGCACCAGAAAGAGAUACACGCCCCUCACGUUAGUCCGCAGCACCUCGUCCAGCUCGGCCACAGUCGUGUCGACAAGAGCACCCGUCCCUCGCCCAAUUCCCGCGUUGAGGAUGGCCGCAUGGAUAGUCUGCGAGUGCGACAGGCAUUCCCGCAUGAGCCGCUCGCAGUCGGCCUCGGCGGCAACGUCGCCGGAUGACUCGUGUACGUGGAAGGGAGGCCGAGAGUCGCCGUGCGGCUCCUCCUGAUGGAUGGCGCGGCACGCAUCAGCCACUCUCUUCAGGUUUGCCUCAUUCCGGCCAGUCAGGAAGAGGCUAUAUCCCUCUCUCGCCAGCAGCUUCGCCGUGGCCUCCCCGAUGCCGCUGCUCGCACCUGCAUGCAUGAAAACACACACACUCAGUGACACACAGUGAGAUCUCAGGUGGACCCUUGCUGUGUAAUGCAACGCAGGCGGCACCGCACCUGUGAUGAGCGCAUACUUCAUCGCUUUUCUUUCCUGACACGAAGCAGAGAGA